AUGUCGCCCAAUCACCCUUUCGAUCCUUUGACCUCAAGGGAAAUAGCAAAGGCUGCGGCUAUUGUACGCCGUGAUUUUCCAGCUCAAACGCCCAACUUUCGGGUGAUUACCCUGAAAGAGCCCGCCAAAGAUCAAAUGAUCCCAUUCCUGGAUGACCAGAAUCGAGGGGGAAAUUCUAGCAAGCGACCUGCUAGGACUGCCCGAGUUCAGGUAGUUCUUCCUGGUGAUUGGGCGGCCAGGUUUGUCGAGCUUUGGGUUGAUCUUGACCGAGCUGUCAUAAUCAAGAAGGAACAUCUUGUCGGCAAGCAUCCUUACAUUGACUCUGACUAUAUGCAAGCCGUUGAGAAGGCUUGCAUUGAAGAUCCACGAAUCCAGGAGCAAAUUGCUCUCCUUGAGCUCCCUGCUGGUGCUACAGUCAUAGUCGAGGCAUGGGCAUACGCCACGGAUGGUCUCAAUGAUAUGUCCCAACGCAUCACCAUGGGUUGGUUUUACAUGCGAUUAGUGGACGAUGUCGAUGCCAACUACUACGCGUAUCCGCUUGACCUGUGUGCAGAGGUAUCGGAGGAUCUCAAAGUUACCAAGAUCUAUCGACUGCCUUCUGGUAUUGAUGAUCGUAUCAAUGACAAGCCAAAGCCAUUUGACCGUCGCAAGAUUCAUGGUGCAGAGACCGAAUACAGUCCGGGCCUUAGAUCUUCUCCUCGGACGACAACAAAACCCUACCAAGUCAUACAACCCGAGGGUCCCUCUUUCAAGACCCAAGGAAACUUCUUGGAGUGGGAGAAGUGGUCUAUGCAUAUUGGUUUCAACUACCGCGAGGGCCUUACUCUUCACGAUAUCCGCUACGAGGGUCGAAGCCUGUUCUACCGCAUUUCCCUGGCAGAGAUGUUUGUGCCCUACGGCGAUCCUCGGACUCCCUACCCACGCAAGGCAGCUUUCGACCUCGGAAAUGAUGGAGCUGGAAUCAAUGCUAACAAUCUACGACUGGGCUGCGACUGCCUCGGACAUAUCAAGUACUUCGACGGCUGGCACACUACUACCUCGGGCGAUCCGGUGAAACUUCCUAAUGUGAUAUGUUGCCACGAGGAAGAUGAUGGUAUCUUGUGGAAGCAUACAAAUUUCCGAACCCAGAAUGCCGUCGUCGCGCGGUCACGCAUCUUGGUCUUGCAAACCAUCAUCACCGUCAGCAACUACGAAUAUAUAUUUGCUUUCCACUUUGGUCAAGAUGCGUCGAUUCAUUACGAAGUCCGUGCCACUGGAAUUCUCUCGACCACUCCCAUCAAUGUCGGCGAUAAUGUGCCUUACGGUACAGUUGUCGCACCAGGCGUGUUGGCCCCCUACCAUCAACACUUGUUCUCUCUUCGGAUAGAUCCUGCCAUUGAUGGUCACAGCAAUUCACUACAGAUCGAAGAAUCAUAUCCUAUGCCUAUUGACAUCCCGACAUUUGACCAUACCGGCAAGACGCAAGCCCAAGUCGACUCUUACGCCAAUCCCUUUGGUGUUGGAUACGCUACGCGAUCUUCCAUCGUGGACCAUGAAGGAGGCUUAGAUCUUGAUUUCACAAAGAACCGCACAUUCAAGAUCGUCAAUGAGAAUGUCAUCAAUCCUGUGACAGGAACACCUGUUGGAUUUAAACUGCUCCCUGCCUACAGCCAAAUGCUCUUGGCGCACCCGGAGUCAUACCAUGCUAAGCGCUCCGAGUUUGCAACACACGCUGUCUGGGUCACACGCCAUAAUGACGAAGAGCACUUCCCAUCUGGCCGCCAUACGAUGCAAUCAGUUGGUGGCGACGGAAUCGCUACUGCUAUUGCAAAUCGCUCUGGGACCGAGGAAUCGUUGGUGCGAAACAAAGACAUUGUCGUUUGGCAUACGUUUGGAUCCACACACAAUCCCAGAAUUGAGGAUUGGCCUGUAAUGCCGUCUGAAAAGAUGACAGUUGGGUUGAAGCCUGCUAACUUUUUUACUGGGAACCCUGGUUUGGAUGUUGCUUUGUCCACACAAGAGAGCAACCGCAGUGUUCUGGUCGAUGGAGGUGAUGACACUAAACCAAAGUCAGAUUGUUGCAAACUUUAG